GUUCUUUUUAGUUUCGACUAUAAUAGUAUAGUCGAAACUAACGAAACUUCUGAUAUUUCACAAUGGCGGCGUCCAUGAAAGUGUUUUGUAAACAACUUGUAUGGAAUCAUUUUUCUUUGAACUUAUCGAGGAUUAUAGAGAAUCAGUAUAAACAUUACAUAAUUAAGACACAAAAGAGAUUAUUUAGACUUCAGUGUGAGUUAAAUUAGCAUUGUUAAAUAUUAUAUUGUUUGCCGUAAGGAGUUAAGAAUAAUAAUUGUUUUGCGGAGUUCAUUCAUUAAUUCAUUCAUUCAUUAAUUUAAGCCUUUUUUCAGAGCAGAAUAAAAAUAAAAUAUAAGCUUAGUGAAAUCAGGGGAUGACUGUGUUUAAGUGUAAGAAGUAAGGAAUAUACACAAAGUAGAGGAAAACUUAUAGUAGUAUAAUGCAAAAAGUGGAAGUUUUGGCCAAGAAGUAGAAGCCUUGGCCUUGGACUUCAAAAUACAGUUAGUAUACUCAGUAUACAGAGACAAGUUUGAUUAGCCAGUUUAGCUUGUUAUUAGUAUUAUUAUUGUUAAUAAUAAAUAUGGCAGGGGCCUUUUGUUUUGGUUGCACCUUUUUUUGUGUAAAUUUUCAGGUCAUCCUAUACUUUUUUCCCCCUCAUUUCCUUGUAUAAUGGGUAACCUACCACUUGAGCAUUGGUUAAGAAAAAAAUCAUAUUGUUCUGGUUUGAAGUGCUGGUAAAUUUUGGGUUAACGGUAUGUGUUUUGCCAAGAGUUGUCUCACCCUAAGCGCCGUGACAUCACUUUCAGGAAUCCCAACAUUGAACUUAGAGUGAAUAGACCAAUUUUAGGACCUGAACGAUGUGUGAGAUAACUUUCCAGUUCUUUACUUGCGUCAUAAACUAAAUCUGACUAUCGAAUAUGAAGUAUAUUUGAUAUUAAAAUGCAAUUUUCCAUUAAUUUGUGUUAAAAUUCAACUUUCACUUUUCAAAAGAGAGGAAAAAAGAAACACAUCCUCGCUGAUACCUCAAGACUCAACACUGGUGAAAAGCAAAAGCUUGAAUUAGAAAAUAUUUAAUAACUUGUGUUUCUGAAUGGAUUUAGACAGCAUUUAAACAGGAAUAUUUUCAUUUGAGGUGUAAAAACUCGGUAAAGUCAAUAUUAUAAAUUUUCGAAAUCUUCUGUGUGCAAAAUCUCAGAGUUUAAUUCAUAAGAGUUCAUAAGGCGUUCCCACUUUAAAUACCAAAAUAAGAAAAAAAGAAAUCUUUUGGUGAAUUCAAAAAUAUAAAAUAAGAACAAAAAACUUGCAUUACGUGAACAUAAACGUAACUAUUGAAAUCUUUUGAUUACUGAAGUUGACCUGGGGGAACCUCCGUGACCUAUAUACUGCUGAACACAUCGCCUGCCUUAGGGCUACCUCAAAAUCAGCUGAAGUGCUAUUUAAACAGUUAUUGUUUAAUUGAUAAGAUAAAAUUAUUUUAUUUAUCCAAAUAAAUGGACAUGUUAUUUAUGACAUUGUACAUAUUAAAAUCUCUUAAUUCUCUAUGCAUUCCUGUAAUUUGAUCACCUGUCACUCUGGCACUUCAACAAGAAAACAGCGCCCCACUCUUUCUUUCUAUGCCUAGAAAACCCAGUGGCCCUCUCUCCACCGUACUAUUAAUGGUCAUGGACAUCAAUAAAAAAAAAUCCUUUAAAUAACACUUCAACGUCAAACCGGAACCAAACAUUUUUUUUCAUAACCAACGCUGAAGUGGUAGAUUACAGUUUGAUAUUCCAGGUAUAGUAUAAAUAUGUAGUUGGCAGCAAAUUUUACACAUUCAUUAAUUCAAUAAUUCAAGGUUGGAAGUGUCCCUUGAAAUUGAAAUACAAGACUUUGCCUACAAUACCAUAUGAGAUUAACAGGAAACGUAAAAAGAUUAGAAAUAAGGCUAAUGUAGGUUUAGAGUGCCACUUUGAGUUUCUGUAUAGGAUUCUCUCCCCUUUUGUUUAUUUUUUGGAUUGUUACUAAAGUUAACUUUUCUUUUUUUUAAAUAUUAAUACGCUAAUUGAAUUAUUUAAAUUAUAAUUUCAUUUGGUUGUUAAUUAUAAUAAUUAAAUUUUCUGUGCUAUUGGAACAUGGGUAUAGGGUAAUUGUAUGCUUGAUGUUUCCUGACACUUUUAGAUUACGCAUCUUCAGUCUGGGACCCAGCUCCCUGGGCGGUGGGGAGUGGUAACGCAACACCCCCCCCGGAGAGAAAGUAAAGCCGUCCUGACCCAUAGGAGAGUGGACUACGGACGCUUUAAACGCAGCGUCCUCGGACGUCCCUCAGGCCAGGAGGGAAGUUCCUGGCGGGCUUCCGCAGGGACUGGAGUCGGGGAGACCAGGCUCUGGCCCCUGUGUGGGAGUGCCGGGGGGGGAGGGGGUAUUAUGAGUGCAAACUCGACGACCCACCGACACCAUCUCCAAAGUGACGUUAUCAUGGCCACCAUCUUUGUUGCCAUGAUGGCACAUGUCAUGGCAACCAAGAUGGCAGUCAUAAAAAAAAAAGUAGUGCAAAUACACAUCUCCUAUACUGGGGAGGGGAAAGAAAGAGAAUGUGCUGUUUAAGCUUCUUACCAAGAGAAACAAAAAAUAGAACAGGAAUAAAGCAUACAAAUUUAAUGGUUGCUUUUUUCCCUGGUGUAACAUGUAUAUAUAAUAUAAUACAACAGAUUAAUCUAAAAAAUGUAUGAAAAAUGUAUUUGGGGGGCAUUUUACCUAUAACCUUUUAUCCGUUGCAAGGCAAAUGAAAGGACUGUUUCCGGGUACUACCACAAAAGUCCUUAUCAGACUGACAAAGUUCAGGCAAAUGAAGAAGUUGUGAAUUGGGAAUAGAUUACCUACAUCAUUAAGGGUGAGAAGAAAAUAUAGUAAAAGGUUGUGGCUGUCACUGACAAUAGGUUUGUAAUAGGCAGAGGUGGAUGAACCAUUAGCUUUUAAAGUUACAUUUAUAUCAUUAAAUUUUGCGGAAUUCUCAGAUAAAAAGAGAUGUAAAUUUAAAGGGUGAAAGGAGGCAGUAAAGUUUAUGAAUAGGUGAUUUUAACCCCUCUCCAUGUCCAUGGUGGUAAGGCCAAUGCUAUCAUCAAUAUAACGUUUAUAAAAUUUAGGUAAGUGUCCUAUAUUGUUUUUCUCCACCAUGUGUUCAAAAUGACCUAUGAACCGACAAGAACAUACAUCCUUUUGGCACUACAGCACAUGUAGGGCUUUGGCCUGCCUCACCACUUCCUUCCACUCAAGACCAUCCCUUUGGCACUACAACCCAUGUAGGGCUUUGGCCUGCCUCACCACUUCCUCACAUUUAGAGCUAACUGAUUAUUUUCUUUUUCAUGCUAGGAUUCCCAGCUUCUGUAGAUCUUUAUCCAUAUCGCCUAUCCAUCAUAGCCUAGGUCUGCCUUUAUUAAGCAGUUUUCUUUUGGGGUUUUGGUGUUGCACCCUCUUCACCCCUCUGUCAUUUGGCAUUCUUUCUAAGUGUCCCGGCCAGCGUUGCCUGGCCAAUCAUAUCUGGGUCCCAUUUUAGUGUCCAUGCCAACACCACUAAUUUGGUUGAAAAAAUGCCUGUUAAACUCAAAAUGUAUUGAGGGUUAGAACAAGUUCAGCUAGUCAAAGGAGGGCAUUAGUGUGUAUAGAGCCAGAAGGAUGAGGUUGAUGUUGGAGGAAAAAUUAAAGAGCUAAAAGUCCAUCUGUAUGAGGAAUAUAGGUCUAAAGGGAGCAGACAUCAGUAGGUGUUUCUAUGAGGGGAGAAAUAUUAAGGAACUGAAAAGUUAACAAAGUGUGGUACGUAUCCUUGAUGAACAUAGGUAAACCAGCUGCAAUGGGUCGGAAAGCACAGUAAAGGAAUUUAGAAAUAAGCUCUUUUGGACAAGCACUAGCUGAAACUAUUUGUCUGCCAGGGUUACCAGAUUUGUGUAUUUUGGGAAGGAGGUAGAAGCAAUGUUUACUGAGGUCACUAUCGAAAAUGUCAAGAGAAGAUGCAGAUUUAGGUAGUGUAGAGUCUGCAAUUUUCAAUAGUUUUUUUUAACAAGAUCAUUGUUUUUUGUUAUACGGUCACUGAUUUUUUAUUAAUAAAAUUGGUUGUCUUCUAAUUUUCUGUGUGCCUCUUUAUUAUAUAGAUUUUUUAAAUUGCUACAACAGCUCCUUUAUUGGCGGAUUUCAUGACAAUGUCAUUGUGGCUGUGUAGUUAUGAAAGUGCCCUCAACUCUUGUUUUGAGAGGUUAGAGAAGCAAAGUGGGAGUAGGUAUAGUGUCCCAAUAUCAUGUUCAGUUUUGCUUAAUAAUGUCCAAUUAGAUUUGCGUUCCCUCUUGAAUGAACAAAAAAAAUCGUUUGGAGGUAUGCUGUUUUUACUGGGCAAAUAGUAUUGUAAUCUUAAGUCACAAAAGGAAGGAUGUAAGUCUGUUAGCAGCUGAUAGCAGUCACAUGUUGGUUUAAGGGGGGCAAGUUUGAAACCCUUAUAGAGAAGAGACCUUUUGUCAUUGGAGAGUGGGGGGAAAGGGGGGGGGGGGGUUACAAACAACCCAAUUGUUACCAGUUAUGCGUCCUUCAGAUGUUGGUUUCAUUUUUUAUUUUAGAUUGUCAAGUUUUUAAAAUUCUUUUUAUUUGUAGUAAGGCAAGUAUACAAAUCAGAUUUGAGCUGGUGAAUUUACUAGGCUUGAAAGCAGUCCUUUAAUUAUUUUAUAUGAAUAAUCUCUCUUGUGAAAUAAUUUUGGGAUUAUGGGAAGUCAUGGACAAAAUAUGAUAUACACACGUGUAUGAAUGGAAUCACAAAGCUUGGAGUACAGAGAAUAUUUAUUUUUGGGGAAAUGAUGAUGAUGUAAGAAGAAAAGGUAAAGUGAGAACAGAACAAGAAAAUGAAGGAGGAAAAUAACACAGAAAGGCCUCGAUAUAAAUUCCAAGAAAAACACAGAGAAACAUUCAUAUUAAAGCGCAUAUAAAAAAUAAUAAAUUAAAUACACGUAAUGAAAAUACGUGAAAUGAGGACUAAAAAUAGUAGCAGUCAGUGGUAUUUUGUAGGCCUAAAAGUAAACGCCUAAUAUUAUAAUGAUUAAUUACAUGUUUAUAAUAAUAGUAAUACUAAAUUAGAAUAAGAGAGGAGUUAGAGAAGGUAGGAAGAGACUGGAAGGCUUGGAAAAAAGGUGUUGAUAAUGGCCUUUGCAGAUGCUCUACUGUUAAUGAUGUUCUUUUUCUUCCGAAGAUCUUUCAAAACCAUUCACAUUGUCCUUUUUUAAGUUUAAAAAAAAAAAUUAUAUACAGGUAGUUAUUAUAGGGCAUAGCAAUGCCGGCCUUUAGGAUGCGCGACCUGUGCCCUGGCACAGGGCGCCGCGGCCAUAGGGGUGCCUGGGGCGCCUAGUAAAUAUUUAAAUUCCCUUAGUUUAUUAUAGUGAAGUGUGAAGUACCCUAGAAAAAGUAAAGAGUCUAAAUUAAUGUGCAUAUUAAAAUGCGUAUGGUUAGCUACAUGUAUAGCAUCAUAACACGUGCUCCAUAGCCUACAUCUGAAUCGGAAAAAGAACGGAACCAUAAAGGGAAGGGGGCGCCAAAUGGGUGCUUCGCACAGGGCGAAAGUUUACCUAAGGCCUGUGUUGGGCUUAGCUAACAAUUUUUAAAUUGUAAAAAAAGCAAAUAUUUUUAUCCAGUUUAACAAUAUAUCAUUAAAUGUGUAAGAUUAAGAUGUAUAGUAAGAAUCUAGGCAAUGUCUUAGUAUUUGCAAGCCUAACAAACUAAAUUUUAUGUUUUUUUGAAUUCUAAUAAAAAUAAACAUUUAUGUUGCAGCCUGUUUAAGCGGUGGAGAAUAUGAAUGGGAGAAUCCAAAGUCAGAAGCUGAUGUGUAAGUUUUAAACUGUGAAGAUACCCACACUUUUUCAAAUAUAAUUAAUCACAAUACAAAAUUUGUUUAAAUUCUUUAUGGGGGGCUUAUUGAACAGAAAAAAAAAAAAGUUAACCUAAUGCAAAAUGUCUAGUAAAUUGUUAUAUUAAAAUUAAAGAAAACAAACUAAAAUUUAUGUUCCAAAUUCUUCACCAAGAAAUAGAGAGAUAUUUAUUUUGUUGUAAACCAAGUGAGAUAGGUGUGAUUUGCAGUUCAAUCUUAAAAUAGUAAAUAUAAGUAAUAGUAGUAUGGAUAUUAGACCUGUUACUAUUUAUCUUUAUCACGCCACAGUGGUGACUAGGUUUCACAAUCAUUUUUUACUUUAUUUCAUAUAUGUUAUGUUUAUAAAAAGUAUAUGACUUUUUAAAAAAGCAUUUUACUUAUUUGAAAAUGGUUUCCCCCCAUACUCAUUAACAAAGGGUUUUUUAAAGUUGGAAUUAUUAAAUAUAAUUAAUAUUAUAUUAUAUUUAUUAUUAAUAAGAUAAGAUCCAAUUAAUGAUUCAAACACUCUAAUUAAGAUAGUAUGUUUUUUGAAAUUUUUCAGUGUGAAUAUUACAUACAUCGACCGCCAAGGUGAAAAGCACCAUGUCAAAGGAAAAGUUGGGGACAACGUUAUGUAUCUAGCCCAUAGAUAUAACAUUGAAAUAGAAGGUAUAAAUAUGAGAUUUCACUUCCCCUACUUCAUUAAAAAAAAUUACAACAGCUAAGCCUCAUUUUAUUUAAUGACUUUUUUUUUUUUUCUAAGGAGCUUGUGAGGCAUCUUUAGCAUGCUCAACUUGUCAUGUCUAUGUCAAAGAUGAAUAUUUCUCCAAAUUACCAGAGCCUCAUGAAAAGUAAGUGGUGGUGGUAUUUCUUUAAAGUAAAUCGUUACUAUUUCUUUUCAAGUACCCCGUAUAGGCCAAUCAUGCAUUUUUUGCAUGUUGACAAUCUAAUUAUCAUAUCCAUUUAUUUAUUUCAAUGAAUGAGAACUGUUUUGAAUAAUAAUUUUGUAAUAACAUUAAAAAACAAGAAUACUUACAUAUAUACACAUAGAGCCUAGGAAUAUAGAAUGAAUCAAAGAAAACUUUACGUAUCGUGCAUAUUUUAGUCUUACAGAUGCAGGAAAACAGGCUAAUUUUAUUUUUUACAUAUUUAUUUGAUAUUGGCCAUUUUAUAAAAUCUGAAAUUUUUUUUCCGUUUUCCUAUAUUUAUCUCAGAGAGGAAGAUAUGCUGGAUAUGGCCCCAUAUCUGAAAGAAAACUCAAGAUUAGGUAAUAAAUAUUGCUAAGGUAGAAUCCAUUUAUGGAUCUGGAUUUUGAAUUUUGUUCACCUCAAAUCUAAAUGGCACAUACUAUGAUGGAAAUCAGAAUAAUUAUUUUCCCUAACACCGCAAACUACAAUAGAAUUAUUUUACUUUUUACAGCUGCAUUCUCUCAUGUAUCCACUUAAACUAAGGACUUUGACUUUGCCCAUGGUAUAAUUGAAACUGCAUAAACAAACUGCAAAUUUAUAGUUCAUUUCUGCUUUGUGAAAAUUGACUUUUACCCACUGAUACCAUGUUUUAAGUUUAAACUUUUGAAUAUUUCUUCUUAUUUCCGAUGUUCACAGGGUGCCAAAUUAUUCUAAGCAGAGAGCUUGAUGGGAUAGAAGUAACCCUCCCGAAAGCAACAAGAAAUUUUUAUGUCGAUGGUCAUAUUCCACAGGCACACUAGCAAUGGUUUAUACACGAAAAACUGGUCAUCCUGGGGAAAAUGUUCACAGUAGAGGACAUAGCUGGUAUGUCAGCAUCUUGUAAAACAAGUUGUGAUAAUGGAUUUGUGUCCAAAAUUUCUCAGAUGAUUUUUUUUUAAAAUAAGAAAUGAAAUACAUUUAACUCAGUGUUUGAAAUAGUGAGUGCUAAAAUGGAUUGACUUUUUCAGGAUUUCAAUCAAGACAUUUUGUGAAUAUGAACCUGGGUUUUGCGGCAUUAAUUUAAAAAAUAUUUAGUCCUUUUUCAUAAGUGCCUGUUGCAAUGAAUAUUGCUGAUGAAUGGAAAUAGAUACACAAUUUUUCUGUUUUAUUUCUUAUUCUUAGCAACAAUUAUACAAACACAGAUUAUAUACUACAGAUGAAACGUGUUUGAAGCUGGUCUGAUCAUAUUUGCAGUUGUUAUUUGCAAAAGAGUUCAUAUGUAAAAGAAUAUAUACCGGUAUAAAAUACUCAUCAAAAUAGAACAAUGUAUGCAACAUAUCAUUUGUUUUUUUAGCAUCAUUUUUUUGUUUUUUUUAAAUCUAUGAAGAGGAUAAAAAAGUGGGCUGAAAUGAAAUCAUCAAGCCAUUGUAUCAAUCAAACCUGUUGUAUUUAGAGGUCGAAUGUAAUAUUUUCGUUUGCUUUUACAUGGUGUAUAGAUCUCUUAAAUACUUAAAUUUCUUACAUUUUUAAAAUGCAGAGCUGCAUCCUUACUAUGAUCAGUGGUAGACAAAAACAGUUAACUACAAGCCCAGAAUAUUUUUACAGAUAACCUACAAUUUUCAUAUUAUUAAGGGCUAAAAAAUAUCUGCAAAAGAAACAUUAGUCCAAAAUUAAAUAUUCUGAUUUCUGUCUCCUGAAUAUGAUCCACAUAUAUUAUGUGUAGCCUAGGGCUCUCCAACACCCAGUAAUGUUUUUGUAACCUCCCAACUACAGUCUAUUAUACUGCAAUCAAGGGAAUUAAGGUUAAUGGGUUGAGAGUGCAACGGUGGGACAUCACAAUAAUGGUUGCAGCCACUUGCUGUUAGAGAUAUGUCAUACUUUAUUUAUAAGAUAUUUGAUCUUGUGCAAGUAAUUUUAUACUUAACUAAUUUUAUUUUACAUCAGCAAUGACUAAUGAUUGUUGUGCUUUGUCCAUUUAGCACAGUGGAUACGAUUUUUUGCAAGUUCAUCCCCUUGAAAAGCUUAGGAAGCACUGUGAACAUCAGUGUUAACUAUUUUAUAAUCAUAGAAAACUUAAAAUUUUUUUUUAAAAAUUAAAAAAAUUCUUCUCACUCAUAAGAUUUAAAAAAAAAAAAAAUUUUGCACAUUACAGUUACAGUAAUCAUGUUUAAAUAAUUGAAUGCAUUAAUUUGUGGUGACUGCUGAGCUUAAAAAUUCCAGAGAAUAGAGAAAGAAAAAGUUAAAUUUGCAUUUCAUUUUUUUAACACAGGUACUCGGUACCAUGCCCUUUUCUAAAAAUGAUAAUCUGAAUUGAAUUAUUUUAUCUUAUGAUAUGAAAAAUUCAAUAACAUUUAAUAUCAUUAACGAUAAUUUAACUUAUCGAAGAAAAAAAUAUUUAAAAACCACUUUUUGCAUUGUAAAGUUCAAAAAUGUUUUCAAAAAUACUUGCUGAUCACUAAAACUAAUGGGUGCUAAAAGUGUCUUAUUCAUUUUCCAAUGAUAAAUCCUUGGA